AUGAUUGCAGAGACAAACUGGAUGAUACUGCCUGUGGCAGGUGUUGUUUUCGGCGCAGUGCUUUUGAUAGCACAGCAAUUGAUCCAAAGCUUGUAUAAGUCGAAGCCAGCAGCUGCUCCCAAAGGAGCUUCUACCCAAAAGACAAACAAGUUUCAUUCCGAUAUGAACGCCCCUCCACCAGAACCAACCCCGCUGUAUAUUACACCUGAUCAGGUUCGUGGAAGGGACGAUCGCCCAUGGAGACCGUUCAGGCUGCCUUAUCAUCAAACCAUGUCCAUCUUCAAGCUCGAUAUAAACCACUGGCUUGAUAUGGAUAAGUACUAUAUCCAUUAUCUGGAGGAGAAAAAGAGAAUUUUCCACACUUACAAGGAAGAACACAUUGGAUGGACUCCUAAAUCGAGAGAGGCUGUCUACGAGUUACUGGAUACUGUUAAAAACCAUAUGCUGAAGAGAUAUCCUUUGCUAUUUACCACAGAGGACAACGGAGUCCACGUUAAGGUCGAACUUACUGGAGAGGUUCUUGACUUUUCUGAGCCUAUCAAGGAACAUCCCCUUGUCCUUGUUUCCAAGAUGGCCAAGGAAGAUUUUUACAUCGUGGAGAAGUGCGAUGAUGGAGAGUUCAGACUUACUGCAGCAGCAGUGCCAUUCCCUGGCGGAUCGUUUGGCGUCGGUGAAAAAAUCGGCAAGACUGUGGACGCUAUUCACGAUGUUGUUCCUUACUACGCCGAGAAGCUCCGCACGUCGAUGCUCAGAUUCUUUGAUAAGAUGGCCCCUGCUGACCCCGUGGAGAGAGCGUCUUUCUACAUUUCCUGGGACCACAAGUUAUUCUUGAACAAUAUAUAUGCAAUGAAAGAAGGUGACAAGGUUGACUCGAGCAUCCUGCCUACCGAGUUCAACGUGAGAGUUGAGAGACAGACGUUGAGAAGAUUGCCAAAAUCCAAAGCCAUUGUUUUCACGAAUCACCCAAUCUUUUACUCUAUAGAAGAGAUGAAAGACGAACCAUUGAUUCCAUCUCUCUUGCGCAAGAUUUUGGAUGAAGCUCCGGAUAAAGUUAUGAAGUACAAGAACUUUGAUUGCUUUAGAGAGCAUCUGGUUCCUUAUCUCGAUGGCUUGAUCCAAAGACAAGUUGAUCUGGGUCUCAUUGAUGAAGAUACACCGGUGAGAACGCUUCCAUCAUAUCCUUUUGCUGAGUUCAGAAAAGAUUAUGAUGAAAAGAGCGGAUGGACUAACCCUAAGAACCCUGUCAACUAUUCUUCUACACUCAAGGACGAGAUUUUGUCCGGAAUACCGCUGGAAAGGGCCACUCUAGGAGAACCGUCCGCAACUGCUGCGCGUGCCGCGAGGGCACAGAAUGCAACAAAAGCUUAG